AUGAAGAGAUCAGCUGCCAGAUCCCACCAUCGCCUUCUUCUUGCCUUGGUCUUAGUAUGCGCGGAAGUUCCUCUCUUUGCGUCCGCUCAAGAGAACGUUUCGACUUCGUCACUAGUUGAUGAUUUCAUUGAAGACACCGUCGUAGACCUCGUCAGCAGCAUUCUUCCCGAAGACCUUGAUUUCAAUGACACUUCCACCGACCCUACUUCCAACCCUUCUUCUGAAAUGUACACUGCUUUCGAGUGCACUGAUGACCGAAUACUUACCUGCAUUGAAGGUGGAAAUCGCAGCUGUUUUCAGGGAGAAUGUAGGGCUUGUCUGCCUGACUUUGUCGAGCUACCAAUGGAAGUAUUGGAGUUGGAGGAUGACGAUAACGUGACAACAAUCAUCAAGACGCUAAACAUGUCUACUGCAGGAACUUCUAUUGGAACAAUUUGCGCACCCAAGGAAGCCUUUACCGAAGCCCUGUUUGAAAAGGUUUUUAAACCCAUUUGGCUGGAUGUACUGAGUGGAGAAGAACGUCUUAAUAUUUUACUUGGAGUCGCAGAGUACAUUGCCCGCAACAACUUGGAAAACAAAACGUAUACCUUGGGAAUGAAUGAAUUCUCAGGGGACUCCGUCACGGAAUAUCGCCGACUAGGAGGAUAUCUUCCACCCAGUGAUUUGGAAUUGGUGUUGUCAUUCUUGAUUGCUGCAGAAUUGGAUGAAUUAACUUCGACUGCCGAGGUCCCAAGACGAGUGGACUGGGUCGAGAGAGGCGCAGUGACUUCGGUCAAGAAUCAAGGCCGCUGUGGAGGUUGCUGGAGUAUUGCUGUAGCAGGAACCAUUGAAGGAGCCGCUGCCAUUUGGUCCAAUUUUACCUACCUCCAGUCCGUUUCCUUUCAGCAGUUCAUCAGCUGCGACGAUUCUAGCUUUGGCUGCGAUGGAGGUUACCCGGCGUACGCCCUUCAAUAUGCCAACAACAAUUUCUUUGGAGGUGUCGCGAUACUCAAUGACUACCCUUUUACCGACGGAGAGGAAGGAGUCACCUCGGCAGAAUGUAAGAUUGAGGAGAAAGACGUUGCUAUUGAAUCACAGCUGAGCAGAGCCUUUACAUACUAUGGAAAUGUUGGUGACAAUACAUUUGAGAAACGUAUGGAGUUGAUGAAAUUCGGUGUAUCCCAGCAGCCACUAGCCAUUGCUGUCAACACCAAAUGUGAACUGUUCAAGAAUUACAAAAGUGGCGUCGUUACAGAAGAUGAUGAAUGCUCUUGCAGGCCCACAGAUCAAAGCUGUUUGGAUCACUCAGUGCUUCUGGUCGGAUACGAUGAUGAUCACGAUCCGCCUUUUUGGAAGAUCAAGAACAGCUGGGGGCCCCGUUGGGGCGAGGAUGGGUACAUUCGCAUAGCACAAUUGAACCCCCAUCCCAACAGUAACUCUUGGGGCCUGUUUGGACUGUUGGCCGAAGGCAUAGCACCCCUUCAGGCUUUCAACCAGACGGCACAGGUCAAAGAUGAACCCCAGUUUCUAACUGAGCCAUGGGAGAUCGCCGUGUUCAUUAUAGGCAUUGUGGGUGCCGUUGGCAUUUUGUGCGUUGCAGUGCUUAUGCUGCGAAACUGUUUCUGUGCCAACAAAUCGUCGUGA